AUGUCUCAACCCACAGAGACCGCAACCUCCCUCUGGUGGCCCGAGGAGCGCAUCAAAGCCACCCUAGACACAAAGUACAUUGUUAGUCGGCUGCGACAGGACAAUAUCCCGCGGCUGUUUGAACUGCCGCGAUGGGGCGAAGGGCUGACCAGCGAGACCUAUAUGGAAUACAUCCUGCUGAAGGCCGGUCGACUCUUUCUGAUUCUCGAUGCAAUUGGCAUUCCCGAUCGCAUCUUUACUCUGGUAGAUGAGUCAUGCGAUGAUGAUGAUCUGCCAAUUGCCGAACAUAGUGUCGAUCUCCUGAAGCUGUGUCCCCAUGGGGAUGACAUGAAUCUCGAUACCCGCUUUUUCCAUGCGCAAUGGCGGUUUUUGGUUCGGGGAAUCGGGGAGAGUGACCAUGUGGUCUAUACAGAGAACGAAGGCGUGCCGGUCGAGGUGGUGCGCUCUCAUACGGGUACAGGGCUGCAUGGACGUGAUGAGACCGUGGACAAGGUGGUGCUGGCGGGCUCGGUUUGCCGAGUUUAUAUGCGCACCCAGGUGCAAGUCGGGGGUGCACCGCACUUCUUCUCCUCGGCGGAGGUUCUUGCGGAGAUCCGCAAGCUGAGGAAGCUAUCUCAUGAGCAUCUCAUAUCAGUCUAUGCCUCAUACCUCAAAGAUGACAGUGUCAGCGUGCUCUUUACCGGGGCCACGGCGGACUGGACUUUGCACAGCUUCCUGACUGAUGAGCCCUCGGCGUUCAAACGAUUGUCCAAAGAGCAACGUCGACAGACACUCAUCGUCUGGCCUCACUGUCUCACCUCAGCAGUCGCCUGGCUCCACGCCCGUGGCCAAUCCCACGGGGCAAUCCGUCCAUCCAAUAUCUACGUCGACGCCAACUAUCACAUUUGCCUGGGCCAGUUCCAAGCUCUAGACUCCCUCCUAAGUCCCCCACACGUCAACGACCUCGAGGCAUACAACUAUUCAGCACCAGAGCGCUGGGUCCGGCCUCCAGCACCAGCAGCACCCCCCAAACCAGCACCACCCCCAACAACCUACCUCCAAUCCGGUGGACGAACCAAACGGCGACAAAAGCCCGCCCGCUUAGCCCUAUCUCCUCUCAAUGAAAGCCCACCGUCUUCGACAGAAAACCCACGCCCAGACUCGGCUGCUUCCAAGGGCACAGUGAUCCGCAUAGGACUACCCGGAUCCCCAUCCCGCUUCUCCUUCGCCUUCUCCUCAUCCUCCUCCUCCUCAGGCACAUCAUCAACAGCCUCAUCAGGAGCCACAAACACAACAAUGAGCCCAACCCAACCCCAAAACAGCAAGAAAACCAGACCGUCCUUCUGGCCUCUCAGAUCCAAAGCAAGAACCUUCCUCUCCUCCUCCUCAAUAUCAGGCUCAUCAUCCUCAACGGGCUCCUCCACAACCUGCUCCUCAACUUCUUCAAUCCCACCAACCUCCCCCUCCACCACAUCCCUCGCAACAAACCCCUCCCCAACAAACACCCUCCACCCAGGCUCGUCUUCCCUCCGACACUCCAAAUCCGCCCAAUCCCUCACCCCCUCCUUCCGCUCCUACAGACCCCCAACCCCCCAUUCCACCCUCUCCACCCCAACCCAAAACCCAUCCUCCAAGGAAAUCCCCAAAGACGCCCCAGCAGACCUCUUCUCCCUAGCCGCCAUAACCCUAGACAUCCUGACAGCCCUGCACAAACGCACCCUCAGCUCGUUCUCGACGCACCGCUCCGCGCGCAACAGAUCGGCCGGCCGAGGCGGCGGAAUGGCAGAUGCCUCCUUCCAUCUCCCCCGCAACGGCGUCCAGGUUCAAUCGUGGAUUGCCUUGCUGGAGGGCGAUGCGUUGAAACGCUGUCGGCGGGACAGGAAGUCUGAUCGGUGUUUCUGGGCUGUCCCGCGCAUGUUGAUUGUGGUGCGUGCUAUGCUUGAUGGGGAUGGGUUGAAGCGGCCGACGGCGAAGAGGGUGAGGAGGUGCUUUGGGGGUGCUGUGAAGAUUGGGUUUGGGGCGGAUGGUGUUCAUUGUGGGAAGGGGGGGAAUGGGAAGAUGGAUAGUGGGAAGGUUAAAGGGGAGAAGGAGAGGGUUGAUGAUGGUGGUGGUGGUUAUGGACGGAAUUUAGAAGUCAUCGGGGAAGAAGGUGGUUUCGGUCCAGGGUCUGGCUAUAGAUCUUCUUCUGUUGCGCCGGCUUCGAUUGCACCUUCUAUGGUUCCCUCGGAAUCAGCGUCGGAAUUUGAUUUCGGGUUUGAUGAUACGGGCAGUGGGACGGAGAGUGUGGAUGAUGACAGUGAAGCCGAGACAGAACAUGAGCGUGGACAGGGACCUCAGAUCAAGAUCGAGGAAGACAGUGACGAGGAUGUUUCAGACGACGAACCUGAAAUUCAUGUUGAUCGGGUUUCGCCUCAGUUGUAUUUGCCGGAUUUGGAUAUGAACAUUACUGGGAUCGAGGGAUUGACGUUUACUAAUUAG